CUUAGUGUCCCAUUGGCAGAGACCCCAGGAUGAACGCUCUCACUCUCCUAGCCGUCGCUCUCGCUCUCUAUGGCUGCAUUUGCACUGAAGCUCAGAAGUGCAAUUUGCAGGGACAAUGGAGAAAUAAACUGGGAUCCAAUUUGAUAAUAGAGAGCGUUUCUCAGAACGGAGAGUUCACUGGUACCUACUUCACCUCUGUAUCUUUAACCAAUUCUACUAUUCGCAUCUCACCACUCACUGGGUACCAGAAACUCACUGAGAAGCCAACAUUUGGAUUCACAGUACACUGGGCAUUUUCAGACUCAAUAACAGUUUGGACAGGGCAGUGUUUCCUGAAUGAGAAGGGGGAAGAGAUUCUACACACUAUGUGGCUGCUGAGAUCCAGUCAGGAGAAAGAACAGGACAACUGGACAGGAACCAGGGUUGGUGCCAACACAUUCACCCGGCUGAGUAAAAAAAAAAUCCGCAAGGAAUAAGAUUUACUGUGACCCACCAACAAGGAAAGAAGAGCAGCACCGGCACCAAUAUGAAGAUUUAGUUAUGGAGCCUUAGGCCCUGCUUAUAUAUCCCCUAUACCUUUACGCACUGCGCUUUUAAUUUACAUACACCGAUUCAUUUCAGUUCUCCCUUAGAUAUUUCUCACCCCUUUUGUGCUUGUAAUACAUUUCUUUUAUCACAAA